UUCACUUCUUUAAAAUUUAGAGUCCAUUUAUAAGUUGUGCCAAAAAGAAAGAGUUAUUCCUUUUAUACAUUGUUCUUACAACUACUAUAUAUCUAAUAUUAUACUUAUUAUUUAAUUAUUCUCCUAAACAUGUGUACUGGAAAAUCAUCACACACAAAAUCCUCACCCAAGUUAGGGAAAAUAAGUCCAGCUUCUUCUGUACUGUCCCUGGGUUCCGACAGUAAAGGAAUGAACAAAGUGGAACUCAAAGAUAGAGCGCAUGGCAAAACCAAGGCAGCCGCUGCUAAGAAUGUUGCAAAGGCACCAGCAAAAGAGAACAAAAAGCCUCUUGAGUUCAAGCUUCACUCUGGCGAGAGAGCAGUGAAACGUGCCAUGUUCAACUACACGGUUGCAACAAAUUAUUAUAUCACAAAACUACAGAAGAAACAAGAGGAGAGGUUGCAAAAGAUGAUAGAAGAGGAAGAGAUUCGUACGCUACGGAAGGAAAUGGUUCCAAAAGCUCAACUGAUGCCUUUCUUCGAUAGACCGUUCCUCCCACAGAGAUCGAGCAGACCAUUGACGAUGCCAAAGGAACCAAGCUUUGGAAAUGUAAACAGUACUUGUUGGACUUGUGUCUUCAACAACCAACACUAUCUCUACCAUAUUCAUCAUGCUCAUGCUUAAAUCUUGAGAGCCACUAGCUCAGUUAGAGGCUUUUGCUAAUUUUCAUUUCAAAUCUUCCUUUUCCAAACUAUCUUUUUGUUAAUCUUGGUAAGUUUAUGUCUCUUUUCUUUGGUCCUUUCCUCUUCUCACUUGUUCGUAGAUUUAA